AUGUCAGACGCAGAAGCGGGUAGGCGUCCAUGUACCAAAAACUCCAAGUUGAUCAAACUUGGACAGAAGAGUGAUGAUCCCCUGUCACCUGAUUAUGUACCUUCAGUUUUUGCACAUACAAAGUCCCCUGCAAAAAGACGUGCUGUGCAAAGCCUUGAGAAGUUCAAGGUGAGACAGAACCUGAAGAAGAAGAAACUCCUGCAGUCUUCAAGAAGCGAGGCGGCUAUGGCACUCCUGGACUUCUCAUCAGAGAAGAGCGAGAUGACCACUCAGCUCACUGAGAAUGACAUGCCUGAAGCUUGCUUUUUGGACGGAUUUGUGAAGUAA